AUGGCUGCCCGGAAUCCACUCUCCAAAUUCGAACAGGUAGCGCCCGAAAUCAUUGAGCACAUCGCGCUCUACGCCGUGGCGUCAAAACCGCUCGGGCCCCCUUCAGAACUGGGCAUUCUUUGUCUUGUAUCUCGCAGGCUGUACAGCGUGCUCAGAUUCAAGAAUAACGCGCAUAUAUAUGCGUCUACGUUCAAUAUCAAGUUCGACCGCUCUGCUCUACUUCGCCGUUUUUCGGAACGAUGGCGUACGACACGUUGCCUUACUUCCGAGCUCAAGAAGCGCUUCAUAGCGUUAAAGCGGAUCCGCAGUAGGCAAUACAAUCGCGAUGAUCUUUGGACCGCGUACUUGAUGAUGCUGGAAAACGAUGGAAAGAAUGGGGGUCAGCUUGUAAUAUGGGCGGGUGUAGAGGAAUUCCUACAGGGAGCGCUAGCUUCACGGAUCACUUGGCAACCAGACGCACCAUCCAUGUGGUAUACGGAGAUGGAGGGAACAUCCCUAAUUGCAUGGUUAUUGUGGCUGACUGCCAGUCGAGAUGGAGUGAGGAGGGAAGGACUGUCGAUGCAGUUAACCAUCGGUAACAUAUUGCGCCCAUUCAUCGUGGGUGGCUAUAAAGUACGCCACCCUGCCAUAUUUGCGCCCGAUUCGCGCUUUCACCUCCCCCUUUGUCCACAUUCAGUUUUCCCUUCCGACUUUCGCAACGCGCCAUCACCUCUAACGAGGAAGAUCACGCAUUACGGUCACGAUCUUGAGCUUGCUGUGCCGAUGAUAACGACUGCAGCGACACUUGGAACGGUUCUGCGCAAUGAAAUACGUCAAGAUUCGCAGGAUUUGCCUGAUGAUGUGAGUUCAUUACCCCGCAAUCGAGAAGAAGCGAACACGAUGGGUCACAGAGGCGCAACCCUCGAAGAUGUCUUGGAAUUCCACAACGAAAAUCGGAUCCGUGUGCCAGAGAGACUGCCUUCCCUUUCGGAUGUACAGCAGUAUUUCGCUGAAGACGAGGAAGAUGAAGAGGAGGGAACUAGUCAGCAACACGACGAAGAUUGGAGUAGACUUGCAGCAUGCUACGAUCCCUGGUUGGAGGAUCCGCCAUUAAGGGGCCUUGUGUAUUCCCCAGGUGCUAUAUGUGGCUCUUGGGCCGGUAGGAUUCUGCAACCUGGCUUCAGCUCGUACCUCGAUCUCCUCAACGACUCUUCACGCAGCACACUCCAUGUUCCCAUAUAUCAACAGCCAAUGUACUUACAUCUUCAGGAACAUCACUGCCUUCAUCCUAACGACCCUCUACCAAUAUCAAUCGAUGACACGAGCUUCGAUGAUAUUCUACACGCGUGGUUACCGCGAGGACUUGACCUCAGACGCUUGGAGGAUCACAUAGAAGUGUACAACCCAGCAUCAGAAAGCUACAUCCGAUACGAGACAUACGAACCCCAUGGUCAGGCGCACUAUUCCCAGACGACAUCCGAGAGUUUGGUACAGGGCUGUCGCACCAAUAACGACCGCGUUGGUGCAGCUAUAUUGGACCGCGGGACGAAUACGGCUGCUCUAGCCGAUUCCCUGGAAUCCUCUCAUGUUGACAAUGACCAGGAAUAUGAAGAUACGGUCUCGCACCGAUGCAGUGGAAUCGCUGACAUCCUGAUCACGGGCGAGACUGGGGAACGCCACGGGGCUGCCUGGGGACAUUACUCCAUUGUUGGACGAGUCAGGCCUUGGGACGGUUUAGUCGUGUUGCUCCGUACGCCUGUCGACUCGACACAAGCUCAUUCUGGCCAAUGGGUGUUCAAAGGAUACAUACACGACCAGAACCUUGUUGGUCGUUGGCGGGAAACUUCCACACGGGUAGAUCGAAUUGGAUAUGAAGGCUCCUUCGUGCUGGCCAAAACCCAGGAAUCGCAAUGA